GACUGAACUGAACUAAACAAAAGCAGGUGCAAGACCGGGGUAGGUGAGCUACAAGAGCAAAUAAAGCGAUUUUAUGAAAAUCUAACCAACAUGGCUUGCAAGCUGCUAAUAAUCGACACAGACUGUGGCAUAGAUGAUGCCCUGGCUAUCAUAGUUGCUCUCGCAGCUCCUGGUGUGAAGGUGUUGGGCAUCACCUGCUGCUUUGGGAACACUGAUGUGGAUAAUGUAUGUCAGAAUGUGAUGCGAGUACUGACAGUCUGUCAACAAACUCAGAUUCCAGUCUUCAAAGGGUCUGCCGGUCCUCUAGUCGGACCCGUGACACCAUUUAAAGAUCACUUUGGCACGGAUGGACUUGGAGAUGUUCUGCAGAACUCUGAGAUUUGGAAGAGGCAGAUACAGAAAGAGCAUGCCGUUCAUGCCAUGAUACGACUGGUGAAUGAAAACCAGGGAGAGGUAUCUCUCAUAGCUCUUGGUCCACUCACUAACUUGGCUUUGGCUGUUAGUUUAGACCCCACCCUCCCUCAGAAACUCAAGGAUCUGUAUAUUAUGGGUGGCAAUAUGGAAGGGAAGGGAAAUCUGACACCAGCUGCAGAGUUUAAUUUUAGUAUGGACGCUGAAUCAGCUUACGUAGUUUUGGAAGAAUAUACCUGCCCGACACACAUCGCAACCUGGGAGUUCACUUGCAGAAACAAACUGUCUUGGGAGUGUUUUGAUGAGCUGGUCAAUCAGGAUACAUCAGCUGCUCGAUUCAUGAAGAAGAUAACCUCCAAGUGCUGGGCCUACUCAAGAGAUUUCACCAUCAAAAACAAAAAAGAUGUGCUUUUUGGGCAAGGGUUUGUACCCUACGAUGCCUUUGCUGUGGCAGCUUGUGUAGACAGCAGCGUGAUUACAGAGAGUUUACAGUGUGCCGUACGUGUAGAGGUACAAGGUGCAUUGGGACGAGGCAUGAUGGUUGUGGACCCAACCAAUACACUGCAGAAAGGCCAUCUUGCAUUUGUGAUGAGGACAUGUGACCUUAAAAAGUUCAGCUUGAUGCUCAAAGCUUCUUUACAGUUAACAUAGAAAUAAGCUUCUUUGCAAUGCAUUUGUACUACAUGAUUAUAAUCUUAAAAUGUAGAAUCCUUUGUAAUUUUAAUGCUGCAAGUGUUCCUGUUCUGUUCAAGUUAGUUCACUUAAAAACUGAAGUUCUGUCUUUCACUCACCCUCAUGUCAUUCCAAUGUUUUUUCUUUCAUUAAUUUUUAAAACACAAAUUAUGUUUUUUAAAACUUGAGAGAUUUCUGUCCACACAACCAAAACUUUGACACUUCAAAAAGUUCAUAAAGAUAUUGUAAAGUAAUUCAUAUGAAUCAUGAGUUGAUCACUGUGUGAAAUUCUGUUCAUAGUAUGAAGUGUGUGUCUCUUCAGAAGAUCUGAAAUAAAAUGUUAUUUAUAAAACGGAUAGUUCCGGCCCUUGAUUCUGAUUGGUUGAGCCGCGUUCGAAGCAGUUGUAAAAUUCCCGAAAACAUACAGCUGACCGCAUUACAUAAUAUCGCUGCGCCACUGAAUGUGUAUGUUGCUGCGUCUGUCUUAGCAACCACUCUUAGCAACGUAAACAUAUGAUUGUUCUCUAUUGAUUUUGUUCACUAAAGCUUAUGUAGAAGAGUAUUUUGAGAGAGAUAUCGAGUGACCAAGUGUAUUACCUGCAUUCAAAUUUAGCAUUUUCCUUAAGGACAGUCCUAUGUUCAUAAUAAAAAUCCGUUUGAAUGUCCGCUGCGAUAUUGUCCUUUUAACAUUUAAUGGUUUUCCCGUGCCCUGCGGACACUGACAGCGCUAUUCGAAGCAUUUUUCAUUUGCAUCUUGUUCCGUGUUCACAAGUUUCAACACAAGUCUUUGCGACUGCCUGACUCGCUCAUAAAAACAAUCUUUGCCGCCAUCUAAAGGCGUAAUAAUGUAACUUCUGUAGCUGUUCACGGUCAGGGACUAUUUUUUCCAGCGGAAGGAAGCCUUUUAAUUAUUUUACUUCAUGAAAGUUGCAUUGAUACAUAUUUCUUGGCUUUAAUAUUUGUAUUGUGUGGUAACCGUUUUAUAAAAGCAAUAAGCCCCAUGAAGCCAUGGUUUACAGUGAAUUUAUAACAGCUAAGGGGGUUUUAGGCACGACACGGAGCCCCUUAGCUGUUAUAAAUUCACUGUAAACCACAGCUUCUUGGGGCUUAUUGCUUUAGUUUAUGGUGUCUUUAUGAACUUUUGAAGCAUCAAAUUAUUGGUUGUGUGGACUUUCAAUGGAGGGACAGAAAUCUCUCAGGUUUCAUAAAAAACAACUUCGAAGAUGAAAGAAAGAAAGCCUGGGUUUGAAAUGAUGACAAUUACUUUCCCUUUAAGUAAAUUCCAAUUUAGGUAGAAAUAAAAAGAGAAGUCAAUA